AUGGCGUUCACGGAAAAGAGUGAACAUUCUUUUGCAAACUCAGCAAAGGAUGCCAUCAUCGCUAUGCUGAAAUUCAAGCUUUACUUCCAGUCAAUAUGCAGUAUAUCUUUUGGCGAGGCUUUGAAUAACCUCCCAGAGCUCCAACUUAAAAAAAGAAAAUCCCCAGCUGAAGUCAAGAGAGAAAAGAGAGCCACAUAUAGAAGAUAUAAACAGAGAGAAGAGGACGAAUGGGAGAAAACUUCCCUUUUGAGAUUUAAACGUGCUGCUGAAGUUGAGCGACAGCCCAGAAGAAAGAAAUUAAAAGGACUUGGUGGUGAAAUUUCCAUCCCCACACCAGAAAUAAAUGAUGCUUUAAAAGAGAAACUGAAACUUCAAAUUCAGGAACGAGAAUUUACAGUUGGCGAGCUUAUAGUUCCUGGAGAGCUGGAUAAAGAGGAUGAAGUGCGCCAAGUAGCGACGCUGUUGGCAGUUAUCGGAAAAGAAGCAAACAAAGUGUUUCGUACUUUCACUUGGGCCUCGGCAGGCGACGAGAAGAAGAUUGCGCCCGUCUUAAAGCAAUUCGAAGAUUACUGUAUACCCAGAGAGAACACCAUUUACGAACGUUUUCUAUUCUUUACUCGAGAUCAGCGAGAGUCUGAAACGGUUGAUCAAUACAUGACGGAAUUACGCCAAAUUGCAGGGAACUGUGAUUUUGAAUCACUCACACCAGAGCAGCUUCUCCGUGAUCGUUUAGUAACUGGUACCAGGAAUGGCAAGGUACGUGAAAAUUUGCUUAAAGAGAAAAAGUUGACUUUAGAGAAAGCUUUAGAUAUCGCUCGCGCUGCAGAAAGCACAGUUGCUCAAAUUAAAGUUAUGACCGUGGAAUCUGGUUUGAAUGCUAUCAAACAGAAAGAAAAAGAGCUGUCUCGUGACACUCCUUUAGUAAACGACAACAGGAUCAGAAAUUGCAGAUUCGGUGGCAGGAAUCAUGAAAGACGCAACUGUCCUGCAUUUGGCCAGACCUGUGCGUAUUGUAAAAAGAAGAAUCAUUUUGUAGCCAAGUGCCCAGCAAAAAGUAAGGUGUCUACUGUCCAGGAGAAGUUUUAUUUGAGUACUGCAGGUGUCCCAAGCGAUGAAGGACGUGAGGUGGUGACCCUCAACGUGUCGAAGGAUGCUGAUAGUAUGACAGGCCAUGAAGUUGCCUUCCUGAUGGACACGGGAGCUGAGUGUAACCUACUGCCUUUGGAUGUCUACAAGGGCGUGACUGGUGACCUGGACUUAAACUCUCUUGAUACUCGAGUGAAGUCGGUUCUGAUCAUGGCUAAUGGGUAUGAACAACUCAUCGAGGGCAAAGCAACCUUGUAUGCAACCCGCAACGGACACACACACAAGAUACGAGUUAGUGUAGUCAAUGGUCGUGGCUAUGAGCCAAUAUUGUCCAAGAAGAGUAUGUUAGAAAUGAACCUGAUAAAGAUCCUUGAUUGCGACCGAGAUCCACGCAUAAAUGUGCUGAAGACAGAUAAAGACCCCUUACUGGAAGAGUAUGCUGACGUAUUUGAAGGUCUUGGAAAGCUAGAUGGGAAGUAUAGUAUUGUAACUGACAAGUCCGUGAAGCCUGUUGUCCACCCACCAAGGCGGUUACCUGUUGCCAUGACCGAGCACGUGCAGAGAAAGUUGGAGAAAAUGACAGCGGAUGAUGUCAUAGCAAAGGUCGAUCAGCCCACAGAUUGGGUUUCCAGCAUGCUGGUGGUGAGUAAGCCGCCUUCUGAAGCAAGUGGGGAGACGAAGAUAUGCAUUUGUCUUGAUCCUAGGGAUCUGAAUGUCGCCAUAAAACGAGAAAAUUUCCCAAUGCCAACAAUUGAAGAAAUUGCAACUAGGCUAAACGGAGCAAAGUUGUUCAGCGUGUUUGAUGCUAGCAAUGGCUUCUGGCAGGUGGAACUUGACGAAGAAUCCAGUAUGCUCACCACAUUUAACACCCCUUUCGGGCAUUACCGCUGGAAGCGAAUGCCGUUUGGCAUUAAUAGUGCACCAGAAGUUUGGCAGCGAAGAAUGCGAGAGCACAUAGAGGGGCUUAAGGGAGUAGAGGUCAUUGCAGAUGAUUUUGUGAUUGUUGGAUACGGCAACACACCGGCUGGUUGGCAGUCAGACCAUGACCAAAAUGUACGUGCUUUCUUAAAUCGCUGUCGUGAAAGAAACCUGAAGCUGAACGAGAAGAAAGCCUGGCUGAGACAGCAAGAAGUUCCCUUUAUUGGUCAUGUUUUGACACCAGAAGGUCUCAAACCUGACCCGUGCAAGGUGGAGGCAAUAGUACAAAUGCCUGACCCUACUGAUGUUCACUCUCUGCGUCGAUUUCUUGGCAUGUCAGCAGUCGGACUUGGAGCUGCCUUGUUGCAAGAAGGGUGUCCAGUGGCUUACAGCUCAUGUGUGAUGACCCCUACUGAACAAAAUUAUGCUCAAAUCGAGAAGGAGCUUCUUGCAAUAGUCUUAGCAUGUGAGAAGUUUGAUCAGUACAUCUUUGGAAGAAGUGAUGUAGUUGUCCAGUCAGACCACAACCCGCUGGAAACCAUAUUCAAGAAACCCAUCCACAGCUCCCCAAAGCGCCUCUAA